AUGUCCACACUCGUGAUACACAGUCAUGCUUCGCGAUACAGAUCAACACAAGGACCCAACAAGCGAAACAUAGCCGAGGAAGCCAACCAAAAGGCAGUGGAUGACCUCAAAAGCGAGGUGCAGGUCGUCAGCGUUACGGCGUCGUGGGCUGAGAAUCAUGCAACGAUCGAUGAAAUCUGA